AUGGUCUUGUCGAUACAACCGGUAGUGGGAUGGAAGGGGCUGCAGCAUGUCAAUUGCAGCGGGCACACUUUCAGCACACGGAUGCUAUUUACUGUCGUCCCUAGCCAACUCUAUUGGCAAGACCUCACCUUGGACACGUUGAUGGAGAGCAUGGCCCAGGACCUGCUGGAGUUGUAUGACAAUGGAGUGGAAGAGGAGGAACCACCCGCACCGUUCCGAAGCCUGCCGACAAUCGAGUACGACCGGGGGACCAUCAAGCCGGAUGUAGCGCACACUUACGCAAUAGUGGGCUGGGGAAAAGAUCUGGCAGCCAGCUCAUUGGUCAAGUUGCUGGUCUUGAACAAAGGGCCUGUGCUUCUGCAGAGGAACUUGGCGAGCCAAGGCAUCGUGGAAGGCACGGUCGUCACUUUUGCUAUUCGCGAGAAGAAGGAUGCUGGGGAGAUCCAGAAAGAGGUCGCUGGAUCUGUAUCUUCCGCCGAAGAGUGUCUACGCCAGCUGUUGCUUGUCGCAGACGCAACGCAGCGAUGGAAGUUGCUUGAAGUCGCGAGUAGGCGGGGGAUCCUCGACACAAGCGAGGGCAUCCUUGGGGUCAGGGAGCUCCUGAAAUCUAACAUUGAUGCUACCUCGGAAUGCAACAAGGGGGCGUUGCAGGUCGCUUUGCAAUGGGCACAUCCGCAGGUUGCCAAGACCUUGCUUGAAGCCAGCUGCACUGUGAAGCAAACGGAUGCUUCUGGAGACACGCCACUUUUGACCGCAGUUAUGGCCAUGUCACAGACACUUCAUACACAGCGUUCUAUGUGCAGUGUGGGUGACCUAACCAACGACGCGAUGCUCGACGUUGUUGAGCUCAUGCUUAGCCGCAUGUCGGAUGCUUGGAAAAAUCACUCGAAUCGUGGAGGAGAGACUGCGCUGAUUCGUGCAUGUUCGGAAAACAUGCCCAGGCUUGUGAAGCUUCUGAUUGACAGUGGGUGUCAGGUGAAUGCAACAGACUCCAACGGACGUGCAGCCUUGCACCAUGCUGCAGUGAAGCCAGCAUGCAUUAGUGCUUGCACAUGUCUGAUCGAUGCAAAAGCCAACGUGCAUUUAUCUGACUAUUCUACGAGGACGUCCCUGAUGGUUGCAGUGGAAAAAGCAAACGCUGAAUGUGUAAAGCUGCUGAUCAGUGCCAAGGCAUCUGUGAGAGAUGCAUGUGCAGCAGAGACCGUAUUCAUGGCUGCUGUGACCAGAUGCAUCGAUUCCGGUCUUGGUGAGAGGCAGCGGAAGGUUCUGAAAUGUUUGAUCGAAGCAGAUUUUGAGUUCUUCCUAUCAUGUCAAGAGGAACUGCAGGAGCGAGCCGCUGAGGAGGCAGACUCUGACAUGUACGAGUUCCUCUGCUCUCGGAAGCGACCUCGGCGAGACAAGAGUUAA